AUGCUGUGGCACGACGCCAAAUUGUGUGCCGACGCCAAGCUGUGCCACGACGCCAAGCCACAUCGUUAUGCACCAGAUGAGCAUCCGAGAUUUUGCUCAACGUUUUCCGCCAACCAGAACCAGCUGUCUGACGACGACCCGUCGCUGCCAAUGCCGACUAGCGACCUGGACAAGCAAGCCAGUAAUCGCCGAGAUGAUGUGUCUCUAAAAAAGCUGAGAUUAGAGGCAGUGAGACGAUGCAAAAUGUUGAACCUUCAUCAGCUAGCUCAGAGCAUCAAUAAGAACAAAGAUGGAAGCUUGCAAAUCAUGUUUAGCGCCAAGACCCACAAAGACCAAUGUCCUCUGAGGGUCAUAGUAUCAGAGAGGGGCUCAUGGCAGAAGCCGGUCGCGCUUUUCCUCCAAGACAAAUUGGAAGUUUUAGGCUUUAACGAUCCAUUUUUGGUAAGAAAUUCUGACGAUAUUUUAGAUUUUUUAAAAGAUAACUCUGACAAAGGAUUUUCAGCCUGCUCAUUUGACAUUAAAGAUUUAUACUACUCUUUGCCGCACGACAGGUUACUAACAUCCGUGGAACAUUGUAUCGAUCGCUUUGGUACAGUGGCUUUCCAGAAUCAAAUCGGCAUGAGGGAAGAGAGUUUUAUUGAAAUGCUCUCGUUUUAUCUUAAAUCGACGUUUGUGGAAUGGAAUGACGGGGUCUAUAUACAAAAACAAGGGGUAUGCAUUGGCUCAUGUUUGGCACCCAUCCUCAGUAACAUAUUUUUAGCCCAUCAGGACAAAGUUCUUUUUGAGCGCUUUAAUGAAGGCAACGAUUUUAAUGAAAUCAAAGUUUUUAGAUUUGUGGAUGAUUUUUUAGUUCUG